AUGAGCACUUCAAAUAUGAAGGGAAUUGAAAUUAUAUAUCCCUCUGUAAAAAGGCUCUCGAUAGUAACGGCUAGGUUACGAGCUCUCUGCUCUACUGUGACACUCUUUCCAACACGACACCAGUCAAGCAAGACUCGGAAAUCACUCACUGGUACUGGUGCAAGCAGACUUCUGAUGCGGUGGCAGGACGGGGUGAGGCGGCUGAAUCGAAAUGCCAAUGGAUUUGCAAACGAUGCAUCAUACACUGGCAUCCUCUUUCAAACCCAAGCCACGCUUCUCACACUCGAAAAGGGAAUUCGUGACAAAAUCGAGUGGGUGACGGCCUUGCUUUGUGCAACUUGUUCUCCGCCUCUUCCUCGUUUCGUCGUUCGCAAGGAAGAAAAGAACAUGUUUAGUACGAUCAACUCGCUCGUGCGCCUCACCUUGGGCCUGUCGAUUCUUUCGGCGCAGAACACGAUCCAUCUGUUGAAGAAUCUCUACUGGACUCUCUACACCCAGAUUUGGGACACCAACUUGCACAUUGCAAACAUAUUUGCACCGGAGCUCAACCCGAACCGUGUUAUCCCACAGGGCAAGCCCGGAGCCAAUGGCGACUGGUCUCGCUUCACCUAUUUGCCACCCACCGAAAACGACUCGCGCUCACCCUGCCCGGCCCUCAAUGCCUUGUGCAACGUUGGUAUCUUGCCACGUGACGGACGAAAUAUCAAAUUUACAGAUUUCGCCAAGAUCUUGAACGAAACUUACAACCUCAGUCCCAGCCUGUGCAUGAGCAUUCUGAUGAGCAUUGCAAGGUUGUUUGGAAAGGAUGGUGUUUAUCUGACCCACGUUUCUAUGCUACAGUACUUUACCGACAGCGUCGACCUGGAAUUGUUCAACACUCACAAUGUCAUUGAACACGAUGCCUCGUUGAUCCGUCAUGACGCAAUCAUCCAACCGGACCAGGGACGCCCGGCCGUCGACCUCGUCAACAUGUUGCUGAGAUUCGCCACUGGUGCCGCAGUUGUCAACAAGCAGCGUGUUAGGAUCCUUACUCCUGCCGACAUUGCUGCCUUUACUCGUCAACGCCGUGCUGACUGCAAGGCCCACAACCCCCAAUACACCCUCAAGUUCAUCCACAAAUUCUUCUCGGCUAACAAUAGUGCCAUCAUGUACGAUACCUUUGGUGGACGCGUCGAUGACCUCAAGAUAUGGCUACACGCUGCUCGCGUUGAACUGGAGGACCCUUCAAGUGAGUACUACUACGAUUUGCGACGCAGGAAUGGAAAGCUGAUGAACUCUUAUCGUCUAGAUUGCGCUUUGGGCUGA